ACACCCUAAAAGUAGGCCAGACUAGUGGGAUGUGACUAAGACUUUUCGAGUCUGGUAACUGCAGGACGUCUACUUUAUGUUCCUCCACUGCUUAAAGGAUCUCAAGAACUCUCACUGUGACAUUAGGGGAUGGACAACCAGACUGUCCUGGCCGUCCAGUCACUAUUGGAUGGCCAAGGAGCAGUCCCUGACCCCACAGGCCAGAGCGUGAAUGCACCCCCUACAAUCCAACCACUGGAUGAUGAGGAUGUCUUUCUCUGCGGGAAGUGUAAGAAGCAGUUCAACUCACUGCCAGCAUUUAUGACACACAAGCGGGAGCAUUGCCCGGGGAGUGCCCCUCCCCUGGCCACCGUCUCACUGGCCACCAACAGCAUCUACACACCUUCGGCAGCCCCCACGGCAGUCCAGCAGGCCCCACCUCCUGCCAAUCGCCAGAUCUCCACGUAUAUCACUGUGCCCCCAUCUCCACUCAUUCAGACUCUGGUGCAAGGAAACAUCUUGGUGAGCGAUGAUGUGCUCAUGUCCGCCAUGUCCGCCUUUACAUCCUUGGACCAGCCUAUGCCCCAGGGACCCCCACCUGUGCAGAGCAGCCUGAACAUGCAUUCUGCACCCAGUUACCUCACCCAGCCACCACCACCGCCUCCACCUCCUCCCCCACUCCCCCCACCCCCACCUACCCAGCCUCCCCCACCCCCCCCUCAGAACUUGGGUCCCCCGGGGCGAGCCAACCCUGGAGGGAAUGGUGUGGUGGAAGUGUACAGUACUGCCCCACCCCUGGCUGGAAAUGCAACAGUGGAGAUUCAGGCACUGGGAAUGCAGCCCUACCCCCCUCUGGAGGUGCCAAACCAGUGUGUGGAGGCCCCGGUGUAUUCCACCCCGCCUGUGUACAGUCCUGGGAAACAGGGAUUCAAACCGAAAGGACCAAAUCCUGCUGCCCCCAUGACCAGUGCUACAGGGACCACAGUGGCUGCCUUUGACUCCUCGUCAGUGCUGAAGACCCGGCGGGCCAAGGGGGUCAGUGGACUUCAAGAAGCUGCAGGGAAGCCUAAGGCACAGAAACUCAAGUGUUCAUACUGUGACAAGUCAUUCACCAAAAACUUCGACCUACAGCAGCACAUUCGAAGCCACACCGGUGAGAAGCCUUUCCAGUGCAUUGCGUGUGGCCGUGCCUUUGCCCAGAAGUCCAACGUCAAGAAACACAUGCAGACCCACAAGGUGUGGCCUCCCGGGCGCAGUGGGGGCACUGUCUCCCGGAACUCUGUCACUGUCCAGGUCAUGGCUCUGAACCCCAACAGGCAGGAGGAGGAGGAAAGCACAGGGUUGGGUCAGAGCCUGUCAAGCGUUUCUCAGCCCCAGGCCAUCCCUGCAGCAAGUGAGGAGGAGGGAGACAAGCUGGAAACCAAGCAGGUAGUCCUCAUCGAUAGCUCCUACCUGUGUCAGUUCUGCCCCAGCAAGUUCAGCACCUACUUCCAGCUCAAGUCCCACAUGACCCAGCAUAAGAACGAGCAGGUGUACAAGUGUGUGGUCAAAAGCUGUGCUCAGACGUUCCCGAAGCUAGACACAUUUCUGGAACACAUCAAGGGCCACCAGGAGGAGCUGAGCUAUCGUUGCCAUCUCUGUAGCAAGGACUUCCCGUCGCUGUACGACCUCGGUGUACACCAGUAUUCUCACAGCUUCCUGCCACAGCACAGCCCCAAGAAGGACAGUGCCGUCUAUAAGUGUGUCAAGUGCGUCAACAAAUACUCUACCCCCGAGGCCCUGGAGCACCACCUGCAGACAGCUACACACAGUUUCCCCUGUCCUCACUGCCAGAAGGUGUUUCCUUGUGAGCGCUACCUUCGACGUCACCUGCCCACCCACGGCAGCGGGGGCAGGUUCAAGUGCCAGGUGUGCAAGAAGUUCUUCCGGCGGGAACACUACCUCAAACUGCACGCUCACAUCCACUCUGGCGAGAAACCAUAUAAAUGCUCAGUGUGCGAGUCUGCCUUCAAUCGCAAGGACAAACUGAAAAGACACAUGCUGAUCCACGAGCCAUUUAAGAAAUACAAAUGCCCCUUCUUGACACACACAGGCUGCAGUAAGGAGUUCAAUCGGCCAGACAAGCUGAAGGCUCAUAUCUUCUCUCACUCAGGCAUGAAGCUUCAUAAGUGCACCCUAUGCAGCAAGUCCUUCAGCCGUAGGGCCCACCUCGCCGAGCACCAGCGAGCCCACACAGGCAACUACAAGUUCCGCUGCGCUGACUGUGCCAAGGGUUUCUCCCGCCACAAAUACCUCAAGGAUCACCGCUGCUGCCUGGGUCCCCCAAAAGACAAGGACCUGCAAGCCCGGCGACCCCCCCGCCGGAGGACAGCACCCUACAAUGGCAGCAGUGGUGGCCGCAAGGUGGGGGCCUCCCUGCCUGACCCACUGGGGCUCGAGGAACUGAAGGACCCAGGGGCCGGGCCUGAGCCUGAGACUGCCCCUGGCAAGCCACCCUUCUCAGAGUCCGAUGCAGUGUUGUCCAUUGUGGUGGGGGGCCCCAUGGGGGGUGAGCCCGAGCUGGUGGUGCCCAGCCAUGCCCAGGCCCUGGGCUCAAACCUGGCACUGGCAGAGCUGCAGACUGGGGCAGAAGGGCCCUGUGCCAUGCUUGCUGUGCCUGUCUAUAUCCAGGCCUCAGAGUGACAGCCUGCGGUGUUUGCUCUCACAACUUGGCACAAUGUUCACCUCUGGGUUUGGGGCUCGAUGGGGGAAGUCUAGAGAUCCUUCUGCACAAAAGCCUUCAGCUGUAUCCCCUGCCCUGCUAGAAAAUCCCAGAGCCUGCAGGGACCUGGGGCAGGGCUGCUGUGGCUUUCAAACAAAAGCAAAAGAGAUGACUGGGCCAGAGAGACCAGGGGGUACUGGUCCUGAGUCGCAGUCAGGCUCUCAGAGAGGAAAGAGUAGAUUGUCCUGCCCUGCCUGCCGCAGGCCUCGCAGUGGUCUCCGGUCCAGCUGUACUAGCUAGAUCUCUUAUCUGCCAGGCCUUUUCACAUCUGGUAACUCA